AUGGCAACGAGGACCAAGAGACGACAAAAGCCCAGCAAAGAAGAUGUAGGAAAUGAAUCAAAUAGUGGUUUUAAAGCGAUAAUAGCUGAGAAUGGCAAGGUCGACAAGAAUGAAAAUGGAAGCGCGAAU